AUGUCUCAACCCAAUUCCGCUCAUCCUUUCACCAAGCUCACCCAUAUUGCAGCUUUCGCAGCUGCGGGAGCGGCCAACAUCAUCAGUCUGUCGCGCAGAGCCGAGCUGUUGGAGGAAGCCAAGAAGAAAAUCGCACAAGCACACUCCGCCACCCAUUUCCACACCUUUCCUGUCUCCAUCGAUGACGCCGACAAUGUCAAAUCCAUCUUCGCUCAAGUCCGAGCCAUAGACAGCUUCUGGAAGGAUUUCGCGAUCAAUGUCAAAGGCAACUUGAAUGUCGUGACCGAGUACUUACGCCCGGAGACCUUGAUCAAGGAGAAGAAGAUCAUUACCGUCUCUACUACUGGAGCGCACCAACGCAUCCCAGGCAUGGCAAGUUACGGAGCGAGCAAAGAGGCCCUCGUGCACAUAUUCAUGCACCUUCAAGAGGAGCACGCCGACAAGCGUGUUCGCAUCACCAGCUACCAUCCAGGCGCUAUCCUCACGCCUGGCGCGAAAGCUUAUGGGUUCGAGACAUACCCCAUUCCUUGGGAGGAUGUCAACCUCCCUGGCCAAUUUGCUCUCUGGCUUGCGUCCAAGGAGGCCGAUUUUCUGGUUGGCCGUUUCGUCUAA